AUGCGCACUUUACUUCGCGAGACCGCGCAGCCCGUCGCAGUCGUGACCGCUCUAAUGCCUCCCUCCGGCACCCCGACACCUUCUUCGUCGGAUCACCAGCGGUUUCACGGUGCGACGCUAUCCUCAUUCAGCUCCGUCUCCAUGGACCCUCACCCCCUCGUCGCGUUCUCGCUGCGCGUACCUUCCCGCCUCGCCACCUCGCUCAAAGAAGCGCACGCCGCGACCCAUCUGCCCUCCCACAUGGUCGUAAACAUCCUCUCUGCUGCGCAGGCCGCCCUCGCCGUGCAUUUCUCGCAGCCCGACCUAUACCCGAACCCUUUCUCAGCCACGCGCUUCACUCUCACGGCAGAAGGCCUGCCCGUCCUCGCUGGCGCGCUCGGAGCGCUCUCAUGUAAGCUGAUCGCGGGAUCUUGGCCGCUGCAUGACCUCGAGUCAUUGGAGAGCCGCGGAGGAAAGGAGGCACCAGUGUGGGAUGGCGAGGGUGUCGCGUCUGAGCUGUUCAUCGCGCGGGUCACGCGCGUCGAGUCGGUCGUGCCCCUUGAAGAGGAGGACGGGCUACGGACGUCACCGCUUAUAUACUAUCGGCGUAGCUACGCUACGACACGCACUCUAUAUCCAGGAGACGAUAAUAAGACGUAA